CCAACCCUUCCUGCAGAGAGCACACAGCUGCAGAGUUAGUGCCAGAUGUACCCGGCAGUAAGAGGGAAGCACCAUACCUGUCCCCUCCAAAGGGGUAUUCCCAAGAGCACAGGCCGGUCUCCACAGCACCUGGACUGAUAACCUGGCUCAGAGGAGGACUCUCAAGGGUACGAGAAAGCCUGUCAUGUCUGCUCGUCUCUUCCUAAAAAGCAGGGACAAACUGCCUCCAGAUGGCCCAUAGACUAUCAGGCUCCACCCUGUGAGCUGGUAAGAUUAACCCUUGUCUGGAAGGACAGACACACCCGUACUAUAAAACAGUGCGAUUCAGAGUGGAUUCAACAGCGUGUCCUGUUGGAGUGUGAGGAGGUGGAAUUCCAGCACUUGUGCCAGCCUCUGCUCCAUCCAGCUCGGACAGAAUGACCGUAUCCAUUUAGGCAUGGUCCUCCUUGACAAGAUUUGGCCCCAGGAUCCUCAAAGUGGGCAGCCUGUCUGGGCUCAGAAAGCUACAGAGGUGUGUCUCUGUCACAUUCUUCCCAGGGUCUCCUCUAUGGAGAGGCCCCUCACAGCCCUGCACGUGAGCUUAUACCACCCUACACAGGGCCCGGUCACCUUUGCCAAAGUCCCCCUGCAGCUGCAGCAUGAUGCCAGCCGGAUGCUGGUUGGGCGGGGGCAGGACACCCACCUCCAGCUGCAGCUGCCACAGCUGUCCCGCCACCAUCUGUCCCUGGAGCCCUAUCUGGAGAAAGGCAGCACUCUGCUAGCCUUCUGCCUCAAGGUUCUGACCCGCAAGAGCUGUGUGUGGGUCAACGGGCUGCCACUGAGGUACCUGGAGCAGGUCCCCCUGAGCACUGUCAACAGAAUCUCCUUCUCUGGCAUCCAGAUGGUAGUCCGCAAAGAGGGCGGCACCUCCCUGGAGGCCUUUGUCUGCUACUUCCAUUUCAGCCCUUCACCCCUGAUUUACAGACCCAAGGCCCAGGAGACAGACGAAUGGGAAAACAUUGUUAAGAAAGAGACUCCCCCUGUUUUGGGGGAGGCAACUCAUGAUCUCCUGGGGUCUCUCCACGGCUCCUCCCAGACUCAGACAGCUGUUUCCCUGCCAAGCCCUGGAGAAGCAACAGAAACAAAGCUCCAGAGGGAGCCAGAAGACGCGGCACCCCGCCAGCCCUACUGCUGAGAGCAAGCCUUGCUGAAAUGGGGUUGAAAUAUUUGAGCUACAUCGUGCGAGGUUAACACGCAAAGUUCGCAUGCAAGGCCACUGGCCGCUCUGCUCACGGGGAACUGAUUCUGUAAACUCGGAGCAGUCCAGGGGUAUAGAGGUGCCCUCCAUGGCUCCGGGUAAUGGGAACUUCAUAUAAUUUUAGAGGCCCUGAGGGGUUCUGGGGAGCCUCUGCCAGCACCCCCCCAUUUCCUCCCUUGUCUGGCUAGGGGGUUACUUUAUGUUGCUCAUUUCACAUGCUGCUUAAGAGCAGAAGGGUUGCAGCAGGAAUGCAAGGGCGUGUGGAGAAAUUACGUUUGUGGUAGCUCUGGGUUGCCUUCAGCUUUCGAAUACCCACAGGCGCUCAGGGCUUAGGAGAGCCUGUGUUUAAUAAACUGAAAGUAUUUCAUUAAGCUGGCAUGCCCAGCAAGAUUCCCUGAGCCCAGAUGGGCCACAUGUAAGCCGUGUUGUCACGUGGCCCUGGGGCCCGGAUACCUGGAAGAGGUGUGAGUGGAAAUGGGGAAGGUAGGCAGGAGCUUGCGUUUCUGGGAAGGCAGCAAGUGGAUCUCAAGGCUUCCAGGAGGAAAGCUAGAAGCUAGGACUGCUUGGAAACUUCCUGUCCUCCUCUUCUCUUUUCUUCCUUUCCUUCUUCCCCUGUUUUCUUGUUCCUUCUGCUCUCCUUCCAUUCUCUGUCACUUCUGAAUCAAAGCCUUGAUUGGCCAGAGGGCAAGGAUCUUCAGGGAAAGAUGGUUCUCUAGAGAAGUAGGCUCUUUCAGAACUAAGUCUAUGGUUGGAGUGCAAGGUUGUGUAAGAAGUCAACCCAGCAGUUAUCUCACUCAGAGUAAGUC